ACAUCAGUUUAAGCUCGCAAUGACCUGUAGAUCUUGGGUUAAUUUCAUUAGUUUGACGUGCUCAAAAGAAAAGAAACCGUUCAAAGAUAAUCAAAUCAAUUUGAGGGCAAUGUUUCUUGAAGGAGAUGCGAUAUUGGAAGAAUUUUUGUGGUUCCGGGUAUUGAGCGUGAGAAGUGAUAACUGCAAUUGGGAACUGGGAACUAGUGUCAAAGUAAACAACUGAUCAAGUUGUCUUUAUCAAAAGAAAUAAACGAUUGCCUUGUGAAAUGUCUGAAAGAAAAGCAACGCAUGCAGGGACUUGGUACUCAAGUAAUAAAAAAGAUCUAUCAGAUAAGCUAGAGCGUUGGCUAUCAAAGGCAAGUUGUGUCGAAAGUCCAGUCAAGGCAAUUAUUGCACCACAUGCAGGCUACUCCUAUUGUGGGGCUGUUGGAGCUCAUUCAUAUAGACAACUUAACAGCAAAACCAUAAAAAGAAUAUUUAUACUUGGACCAUCACAUCAUGUUUAUUUAUCUGGCUGUGCAAUAUCUGGGACUUCAGUUUACAAUACUCCAUUGACAAACCUAAAAAUUGACACUCAAGUGAAUGAAGAAUUGAUGGAAAGUGGGUUAUUCGAGGUUAUGAACAUUAACACAGAUGAAGAUGAACAUAGCAUUGAAAUGCAACUUCCUUAUAUUGCUAAAGUAAUGGAAGGAUGCCCUCAUGAAUUUACAAUAGUUCCCAUUCUGGUUGGCUCAUUAUCAAUGGAAAAAGAAAAGCAAUACGGUCAAUUGUUCAGCAAGUAUUUUGCAAAUCCUGGAAACUUCUUCAUCAUAUCUUCAGAUUUUUGUCAUUGGGGUAGGAGAUUUCGAUUCACAUAUCACGAGAAGAAAUACAAAUACAUCUAUCAAUCAAUUGAAGCACUAGAUAAAAUGGGAAUGGAUCUUAUUGAAAAACUUUUGGCACGUGACUUUAUAGAUUAUCUUAAAAAAUAUGGCAACACAAUAUGUGGUCGCCAUCCUAUUGCUGUGAUGUUGUUUGCUGUGGAACAUCUACAUAAGUCUAAUGGACAUGCUCCAAAUUACAAGUUUAGAUUUUUAAACUAUGCGCAAUCAAACAACUGUCAGUCAAUGUCUGAUAGUUCAGUAAGUUAUGCUGCUGGUGCUCUUUAUCAAAAAUGAAUUUUAUCUUUCUUCUUAAAUAAACCAAUUUGUCCCAAGA